UCCCUCCCGCGCCCGCCUCCUCCUCCCCCAAGAUGGCGGCGGCCGGCGGCCCCGUGCGGCUGCGGUUGCUGUUCGACCACCCGCCGCCGGGCAGCCCGGGCUGCGCGCUGUGCUGGCUGCUGCUGGAGCCCAGCCAGGUGCGCCUCAUCACCGACCUCCUCAGCCUCAUCCGCCACCGCUUCGGCUUCAGCCGGCGGACCCACCUCAGCCUCUUCCUCGACGGGGCGCUGCUGCCCCCCACCGAGAGCGCCCGCCUGGUGCGGGACAACGACUCGCUGCGAGUAAAAUUGGAAGAGGUAGUUGCAGAUUAUGAAGAAAUAGAUGAUGGCUUCUCUUAUGCACCAAAAGAAGACAAAAAAAGGCAUAAACAAAAGCAGGAAGAGGAAGAAUUCUCUAGAAAUGAAGAAAGGCAUAAAAGGGAAAAGAAAAAGAAAAAACAUAAUCCUGAGUGCUCCCCUAGCAGGGAAGAGACCGCUGUCGAUAUUCAGGACUCUGUAAAAAGGUACAAGAAAAGAAAAAGAAAGGAAGAAGUUAGUGCAAGAAGUAGACUCAGAGAAGGUAAGGAAGAGAGCUCUACUGACCACUCUAAAAAGCUUAAAAAAGCAGAGAUGGAGAAACAGUUGGUGACAAAAAAGGAUGAAAAGCAGACAAAGGCUGCUGCAGCAAAGGUGGCUUUAGAACGGGCGGAUGGGAGCUCUUCUCUAAAUUCUGGUAAAAAUAACACCAAAAAAAUCACAACACAGUCCAGAAGAAAGAGGCUGGGAUCUUCGGAUUCCUCCAGCACGUCAUCUGACAGCGACAGCAACGAAUUAAAUGUAAAGCAAAAUAAAUCUCCCCAUAAACAGGUAGUAGCAACACUUCCCAAAGACAAAUCCCAAGCUGCUGCAAAUUCUGAUGUGAAAACUGUUGUUUGUAAUAAAGUGACUGUCAAGUCUAAUGCUGAAAAGUUUACUAAGACCGCAAUUAGUAAAAGCUCUAAAAAAUCCCAGUCCUCUAGUUCAGAUUCUGAUUCGAGUACAGAGGAUGAGAAGGCGGCAACAGCACAAGCCAGUACUGUAAAUGAAAAGUCGCUGCCCACCAAGGUGGCAGCUGUAAAAACCGGUACCACCAAGGCUCCCAAGGCAAAGACCUCCUCUUCAGAGUCCGAUAGUUCAGAUUCAGAAACACUUGUUAUUAAAAAACCCACAGCAAAUGCUGGCCUGAAUAAUUCCAUGGUAAGAAACUGCACUAAACCGUUGCCGAGCGGCGUUCAAGGCCCGCUCGCCAGCUCAGGUCGUGGAAGGGGCCGUGGAACAGCACAAGAUUCCUUCUGGGGGGGACCCAGGGGCCGUGGGUACCAUGGGACGAUGCGGGGCCAAGGCCGCGGGAGAGGAGCCAACUUCUUCUAUAACUACAGCAGUGAAAGCCAGAAACAGAGGCACUUAAAUGAAGCUGCGACAAACACUUCUGUUCUUGUCCAGAAUCCUGUGGAUGUCCCCAAGAGAGACUAUAGUGUGUUACCUCUUCUAGCUGCCCCACCACAAGUGGGAGAAAGAAUUGCCUUUAAGCGCUUGGAACUAACUGAAAAUUACAGUCCUGAAGUGUCAGACUAUAAGGAGGGGAAAAUAAUCAGUUGGAAUGCUGAUAAAAAAGAGAUCGAGCUUGAGAUUCUUUCAUCGUCAGCAGGACAGUUUGCUAAAGAGCCAGGGAAGUUCGAUCUGGUUUACCAGUCUGCAGAUGGAGGAGAACUGAUAGAGUAUGCGGUUCCUCAGGACACAAAGAUUACUGAAAGUUGGGAUGCACUGAUAGAGCCAAGACUGAUUGUUGAGCCUCCAGUUAACGGAUCCAGCGUUGAAAAUGGAACAAUCUAGGAUGAAUGUAAAUAAUUGUAUGGACUUGUUUUGUGAAAUGCUGCCUUCUAGUUCUGAGGGCAGCGGAUGCACUGCUUGAUAUUUUUAAUAAAUGGUUUUAAAAUUAAACUAUGCCAAAAGAAAUAAACGUUUUUUUGUCUUAGGCUAUGUUUUUAUGUAAUACAGGAAUACAUCCUUUACUAUAAAAAGUCUUUAAUAUAGAUCUAGAUUGUUUUUUUCUUAAUAGAAGCUUCAUGACAGUUUUUAUAUCCUACUGCUGCGACCUCCAGAACUGGAAUGGUGUGAACAAAAAGAUAAAAUACAACCUUGUCCUGCCGGUAGCUCGGUUUAUGUGUCUGGAUUUGGCGAGGGGUGUGUAACUGCCAUACAGAGGUAGCUUGCUGUAAGGAUAAUUAAAACAACAUCUGAAAAUCAAAUAUAAAUAUUGUUGAUGUGCACGCCUCUUUCUCUACAGCUGCAGAGCACGAUACAAGUGCCAGGACCUUGUGGUUAUUUACAGGGUUCACCUGAACAUGUCAAGAAAAGUUUGUGGAUUUUAAGCUUCUGUAAUUUUGAGAGGCAGAUAAAUUGUAUUGGUGUAACUGUCAACUUUGCCUAGAAAUAACAGGAUAUAAAACAAAUCCCUGGCAAAAUUGUGUCCCACUGUGUUAAUCUGUGUAGGCUCUGAACACCUUUUUGUUUGUUUUAAAGCAAAUCCUUUCAAUGCUGAAGUUUCUGUGCUGCCUUUCUUUCCUUCAUACCAGCAGAAUGGGUCAGCAGGUGCUGGCCCUGCACUUCCCUGACAGCUCUGCUCAUUAUGUGCUAAUUACCAGCACUGAGGUAGCACCUUGUACCCAUGGAGUACUUGCAUCUUGGCAAGUCUUACAAUAUAAGAUAAUCCCUGUCCUGGGUAGUUGACUCUUAGACAGAAGACAUGGGGGGAAAACACCCCAACAAACUAGAUACAAACACCUGAAAAGUUGUACAUCACGGUUUUGCUAAUAUGUACUCUGGCUAGUGCAUGAUUACAUUAAAAUACUGCACACCUUUGCAUUGUCCCUGUUAAACUGUCUUCUUUGUAAAGGAAUAGUUUUUAUAUUAAUAAACCCGACUGGUGUAUUGUG